AACGUGUCCGUUGUUUUGGGCACUACUCGCCACUUAUAUCUUUCCUUACUUAACUUGUUUUUCAUUAAAAUUGUUGUGGAAUAUUAUUAAAUAUGGUACGGCACAAUAAUCAGUUGCCGGACAAUUUGCCGCAGCUGCAGAAUUUAAUAAAACGCGAUCCCGAGUCCUAUAAAGAUGAGUUUCAACAACAGUAUCGCCACUUCCUCAGUAGUUUGGAAGUAUUUGCCCUCAAUCCAACAGAGGAGAACAAAUCUCUGGAUGAGCUGGUUAUGUUUAUAGCCCAGGUGGCCCAAUGCUAUCCGGAGGUGUGUCUCCAGUUUCCACAACAUUUGGUGGAUCUCUUAAAAAACCAUGCCACUACCCUGGAUCCGGCAAUGCGUAAUUGCUUUGUUAAGGCUUUGAUAUUGCUGCGCAAUAAAAAUCUCAUCCCUGCCCUGGAUUUAUUGGAGCUAUUCUUCCAACUUUUACGUUGUCCGGACAAACAUUUACGUAUAUUUUUACAAAAUCACAUAAUAACCGAUAUCAAGAAUAUGAAUGCCAAACAUAAGGAUAUGAAACUAAAUUCUAGUCUACAAAAUUUCAUGUACUCCAUGUUGAAAGAUGCUAAUCCCAAGGCGGCCAAAAUGUCUGUGGAUAUUAUGAUAGAUCUGUACAAAAAGAACAUUUGGAAUGACGAGAAGACUGUGAACGUAAUUGCCACAGUUGGAUGUUUUUCCAAAAUCACCAAAGUGUUGGUUGCUUCAUUGAAAUUCUUUUUGGGACACGAUGAUGAAGACAAGGGUUCCGAUGAUUCAGAUAGUGAAAAUGAAGUCGAUUUGAAGGGUGCUCUGCUACAAAGUCGUGUAAAUAAGAAGACCAAAAAACGUAAGAAGCAAUUGGAGCAGUUAAAGAAGCAAGCUGUCAAGGCUCAAAAGAAAAAGAAGAAUGCACCUGCCUUCAAUUUCUCGGCCAUACAUCUGAUACACAAUCCGCAGGGUCUGGCCGAAGGAUUGUUCAAGCAGUUACAGAACAACAAUGAACGUUUUGAAGUGAAGUUGAUGCAUUUGGAUGUCAUUUCACGUCUUAUUGGUAUUCACGAGUUGUUCCUGUUUUCUUACUAUCCCUACAUUACCCGUUUUAUUCAGCCCCAUCAGAGACAGGUGACUCGUAUUUUGCAAUUUGCUGCCCAAGCCUCCCAUCCUUUGGUUCCUGGUGAUGUUAUAGAACCAAUACUAAAGACUAUAGCAAAUAAUUUCAUCACCGAACGCAAUUCUUCUGAUGUGAUGGCCAUUGGCUUGAACGCCACACGUGAGAUUUGUCAAAGAUGUCCAUUAGCCAUGGGUGAAGAUUUACUGCGGGAUUUAGCCAUGUACAAAGCAUACAAAGAAAAAUCCGUCAUGAUGGCAGCACGUUCCUUGAUUAUGUUGUACAGAGAACAAUUGCCAGCAUUGUUACAUAAAAAGGAUAGAGGUCGUUUAACCGAGGCUCAGGCUGAACACAAGCCCAAGGCAUAUGGCCAGGUGGAGGUGCAUGAGACUAUACCUGGUGCCGAGGCUUUGUUAAAAUCAUCUAAGACCAUCGAUUUGGGCAGUGAUGAUGAUGACACCGAUUCCAAUGAUGGUGGAUGGGUAGAUGUGUCAGAUGAUGGGGAAGAAUUGUCGGAUGAUGGCGAAGAGGGUGAUGAUGAUGUAGAUGAUGAUGAAGAUGUAGAUGAUGAUGAAGAUAAUGGCGAGGAAUGUGACAGUGAAAACGAUGAGGAGGACGAUGAUGAAGAUGACGAGGAAGAAGAUGAGGAUUCGGACAACGAAGAAAAUAAGGAAGACUCAGAUAAGAAAGAGAAAAAUCCAAAUGAGCCGAAAAAUAAGAAUGUUUCCCGUAAGAACUCCAUAUCAUCGAACACAUCGAAAGCUUCGAAAAAAUCCCAAAAGUCAGAAGCUAAAAUUUUGAGUGAAAAAGAGGCAGCACAAGAAUUGGCCUUAACCCGUAUAUUCACGGACGAAGACUUUAAACGGAUCAACAUAGCCAAUCUAAAGAAAACUGUAACGAAUGCCCGCAAACGUCCCUUGGAGAAGGAUCGUCAAGAAUUCGUUAAACUGGACAAUAUUGAAAUGAUCUAUAAGAAACGUAAACACGACAAGGAAAGUCGUUUAGAAACAGUAUGCAGUGGCCGAACAGACCGUGAGAAAUUCGGCUGGAAAGACGGUAGACAAAAUGAGAAUUGUUCCAAAACGAAUCGUGAAAAACAAAAACACAAGAACUUUGUGAUGAUGCGUUACAAAGCCCGCUCGAAGGUCAAGAAGAGUUUCCGUGAUAAACAGCAGGCUAUGCGUAAACAUUUGUUGCACAUAAAGAAAAUGAAAUAAAGUGGAUAGGUACCUACAUAUUUUUUUUAGAUAUAAUUGUACUAAUAGUUGAUUUUGAAAUGAUUGGCUAUCUAUUAGUAGAUACGAAAAGUUUGACUGUAAGUUAUAAAAAUUACAAUUUUUAAGAAAUAAAUAUUUUUUAUAUUUAUCUUAA